AGUUCUAGUUUUCUUUAACAUAAGUGGCCACAAUCUUGGUUUAUCAAGCAAAGGAUCAAACUCAAUUCACUCAUCAUUAUUCCCACCAAAUCUCACUCACUUUCUUAACUCGUAUCAUUCAUAACUUCUCUUUUUCAUCCUAUAAAUUUCAUAAACUUACAAUACUCCCUUUAAAUUUUCUCUCUCUCUCUCUCUCUCUCUCUCUCUCUCUCUCUAGCUUGUGUGGUAGUAGUAAUGUUGUGGUGAUGGUGGGUGUGUGAGUUGAAUGUAAAGUUGUGUUCUUUUGAGGUUUGUUGGAGAUGGCAGAGGCUGAACAAUGGAGUUUCUGAAGUGGGUCUCUCAUUUUUCUGAAAGGUUCAGUACAGUUUGGUUCAGGUGGUGGUGAGUGGUGGUUUCAGCUUUCAAUGGAUACAAAGGGAAGAUUAGUUGCAGGCUCACAUAACAGGAAUGAGUUUGUUCUUAUCAAUGCUGAUGACACUGCAAGAGUGAAUGGAGUUACAGAAUUGAGUGGACAAAUUUGCCAGAUCUGUGGGGAUGAGAUUGAGAUUACUGUGGAUGGGGAACCCUUUGUUGCUUGCAAUGAAUGUGCAUUUCCUGUGUGUAGGCCUUGCUAUGAGUAUGAAAGAAGAGAGGGUAACCAAGCUUGCCCUCAGUGCAAAACCAGAUACAAACGAAGCAAGGGUAGUCCUAGAGUUGAAGGUGAUGAAGAAGAGGAUGGUAUUGAUGAUUUGGAGAAUGAGUUUGACAUUGGAAGCAAUAUCAAGCAUGAUCCUUGUCACAUUGCUGAGGCAAUGCUUGCGGCUCGCUUUAACACUGCCCGGAAUUCACAGUUGAAUGCUUCUGGAAUCACCACACCAUCAGAGUUAGAUGCAGCUUCUGUAGCUGCUGAUAUCCCUCUCCUGACUUAUGGUCAUGAGGAUGUUGGGAUUUCUGCUGAGAAGCAUGCUCUCAUUGUUCCUCCAUUCAUGCAUCGUGGUAGACGGAUUCAUCCUAUGCCUUUUCCUGAUUCAUCUAUACCAGCUCAACCCCGACCGAUGGAUCCUAAAAAAGAUUUAGCAGUUUAUGGAUAUGGAAGUGUUGCAUGGAAGGAACGGAUGGAGGAGUGGAAGAAAAAACAGAAUGAAAAAAUUGAGGUGGUUCAGCACGAAAUGGUUGAUGAUGAUGGUGGGAAAAAUGGUGAUGAGUUUGAUCAUCCAGAUUUGCCUAAAAUGGAUGAAGGUAGACAGCCACUCUGGAGGAAGUUGCCAAUUAGUCCAAGCAAGAUAAAUCCAUAUCGAAUUAUCAUAAUACUCCGAAUCGCUGUUCUAGGCCUAUUUUUUCAUUACAGAAUUCUCCAUCCUGUCAAUGAUGCAUAUGCAUUAUGGAUGACAUCAGUAAUAUGUGAAAUCUGGUUUGCUGUGUCAUGGAUUUUGGAUCAGUUUCCAAAAUGGUGCCCAAUCGAGCGCGAAACAUACCUUGACCGUUUAUCACUUAGAUAUGAGAAAGAAGGAAAGCCAUCCGAAUUAGCUGAUAUAGAUGUAUUUGUCAGUACAGUGGAUCCAAUGAAAGAGCCUCCACUUAUCACUGCAAACACUGUUCUGUCCAUUCUUGCUGUGGAUUAUCCGGUCGAUAAAGUUGCAUGCUAUGUCUCAGAUGAUGGUGCAGCUAUGCUUACAUUUGAAGCACUUUCAGAGACAUCUGAAUUUGCAAGGAAGUGGGUUCCAUUCUGCAAGAAGUAUAGCAUUGAACCACGGGCUCCUGAAUGGUAUUUUGCUCAGAAGGUUGACUAUCUAAAAGACAAAGUGGAUGCAACCUUUGUCAAGGAGCGUCGCGCUAUUAAGAGAGAGUAUGAAGAAUUCAAAGUGCGGAUUAAUGCAUUGGUUGCAAUGGCACAGAAGGUGCCAGAGGAUGGCUGGACAAUGCAAGAUGGAACUCCGUGGCCCGGAAACAAUGUCAGAGAUCAUCCUGGGAUGAUACAGGUUUUCCUAGGCCAAAAUGGUGUUCGUGAUAUCGAAGGAAACGAGUUACCUCAACUAGUUUACGUGUCUCGUGAGAAAAGACCUGGAUUUGAACACCACAAAAAAGCUGGUGCUAUGAAUGCCUUGAUACGAGUUUCAGCUGUCAUAUCAAAUGCUCCCUACCUACUGAAUGUUGAUUGUGAUCACUACAUAAACAAUAGUAAGGCACUUCGUGAAGCCAUGUGCUUCAUGAUGGAUCCUACAUCAGGGAAAAAGAUAUGCUAUGUACAAUUUCCUCAAAGAUUUGAUGGGAUCGAUCGUCAUGAUAGAUACUCGAAUCGCAAUGUUGUGUUCUUUGAUAUCAACAUGAAAGGUUUGGAUGGCAUCCAAGGACCAAUAUAUGUUGGAACUGGAUGUGUCUUCCGGCGGCAGGCGCUUUAUGGAUACGAUGCCCCUGUUAAGAAGAAACCGCCAAUGAAGACUUGUAACUGUUGGCCUAGAUGGUGCUGCUUGUGCUGUGGAUCUAGGAAGAAGAAUAGGAAAGUGAAAUCAAGUGCUAAAAAGAAGAUAAAGAGUAAGGAUGGUACAAAGCAAAUACAUGCACUAGAAAACAUUGAAGAGGGAAUUGAAGGUAUAGAUAGUGAAAAGUCAUCACUGAUGUCACAACUAAAAUUUGAGAAGAAGUUUGGUCAAUCACCUGUUUUCAUAGCUUCAACACUUAUGGAAGAUGGAGGUGUUCUAAAAGGAGCAAGUUCUACAUCACUCUUGAAAGAAGCCAUCCAUGUGAUUAGUUGUGGUUAUGAAGAUAAGACUGAGUGGGGAAAAGAGGUUGGAUGGAUAUAUGGCUCUGUUACAGAGGAUAUUCUAACAGGUUUCAAGAUGCAUUGUCAUGGUUGGAGAUCUGUGUACUGCAUGCCAAAAAGGCCUGCUUUUAAGGGCUCGGCUCCUAUAAAUCUCUCGGACCGUCUGCACCAGGUUCUCCGGUGGGCUCUUGGUUCUGUUGAGAUCAUGUUGAGUAGGCACUGUCCUAUAUGGUAUGGAUAUGGUUGCGGCUUGAAAUGGCUGGAGCGUUUUUCUUACAUUAACUCUGUCGUCUACCCUUUGACUUCGAUUCCCUUAAUUGCCUAUUGCACCUUGCCAGCAGUCUGUCUCCUCACUGGGAAGUUCAUAGUCCCUGAGAUUAGCAACUAUGCUAGUAUCAUUUUCAUGUCCCUCUUCAUCUCUAUAGCUGCAACCGGCAUCCUUGAAAUGCAAUGGGGAGGUGUUGGAAUACAUGAUUGGUGGAGGAAUGAACAAUUUUGGGUCAUUGGUGGUGCAUCCUCGCACCUCUUCGCUCUCUUUCAAGGUCUGCUAAAGGUUCUGGCUGGAGUUAACACAAACUUCACAGUCACAUCCAAAGCUGCGGACGACGGAGAAUUCGCCGAACUUUACAUCUUCAAGUGGACAUCAUUGUUGAUCCCUCCUUUGACCUUGCUCAUCAUAAACAUAAUAGGAGUCAUUGUAGGUGUCUCAGAUGCAAUAAACAAUGGAUACGAUUCAUGGGGUCCCCUUUUUGGUAAACUAUUUUUUGCUCUAUGGGUCAUUCUCCAUCUCUAUCCAUUCCUCAAGGGAGUUAUGGGAAAACAUGAAGGUGUUCCUACCAUCAUUCUGGUAUGGGCUAUUCUUCUUGCUUCAAUCUUCUCACUACUUUGGGUAAGGAUCAACCCAUUUUUGUCAAAAAGUGACAUUGUAUUGGAACUUUGUGGGUUGAAUUGUGAUGAUUAAAUGAAGGCAUAGAUGGUUUGAUAUUUUUUUGUAAUGAAACUAUCUACAAUAUGCAUAAAGUUUUGGGCAAAUACAUUCCUUCAUGCAUUAGAGUCUACUCUUGGAUAUAAACGUGGAGGGUGUAAGUAGAUACAAAAAGCUAUGGUUUAGCACAUAAAACAUUUGAUUGAGUUUUGAUUUCUUUUUUUAAUUUUUUCACACUUGUUCAUUCUAUGAGUUUAGAAGAUUGAAUGUGAGAUGAGUUGAGUGAUUAUGGUAGAGGAGCUAAUGUUAUUGUAAUUAUAUAGUUUCCUUCUGAAUAAGGGAUCUCAAAUUUGUAAUAUUUUUCCAUUUGUUUUGAAUCCCUCCUUAAAAGGGAAAAGAAAUGGGAUCAACAAUGUGGUAUUGUUCUUACUAUUGCAUUAUUAA